AUGUCUACAUUAAAAUUCAUAGACAUAAAAGCAAAUUUAACUAAUAGUCAGUUCUCUGGUGCCUACAAAUGUUGUUUUAGAGAUCCUCCGACUCAGAUUCAUAAGCCAGAUGUAAAACAUGUCUUGGAAAGAAGUUAUGAUGCUGGAUUGCAAAAAAUAAUAAUCUGUGCUCUAGAUUUAGCUGAGAGUAAAAAAGCCCUAAGAAUAGCAAAACGUGAUAGCAGAUUGUUUACUACAGUUGGAUGUGCACCUACAAGGUGUUUACAAUUUGAAGAAAAUGGUGAACCUGAUUUAUAUCUCCAACAACUAAAAGAUGUAAUUGCUUUAGGAAAAAAAAAAGUGGUUGCUGUUGGAGAGUGUGGCCUUAAUUGUGACGUGUACUACUAUUACCCAAUAAAUCUUCAAUUGAAAUACUUUGAAGUUCAAGUACAACUAAGUCAAUUAUUCAAUUUACCUUUAAUAAUUUAUUCUCAGGGAGACAGCGCGCCUGGAAUGCUGCUCAACAUUUUACGUAAAUAUCCAGGAACAAGAGGUGUUAUACAUUUCUUCGAUUCUACUAUAGAAAUGACGAGAACAUUUAUAGAUAAAGGAUUUUAUAUUGGAUUAGACACAUGGUCUUUCAGAGAAGAACAGACGAUCGAAAUUGUUAAAAGAAUACCUGUGGAUAAAAUGUUAUUUCAAACAAAUUGUCCUGAUAGAGUAAUAAAUCGCACCUUCCCCGCCUAUUGUCAUGUUUCUAGAGAGAACUUGGAGUUGUUGACCAUAAAGAAACGAAAAUGGAGACCCGAUUUCAUGGUAACUGGGAGGAGCGAACCGUGUAAUAUAAGACAGAUACUGGAUAUGGCGGCUUUCGUUACCAACAGGAACAAAAACGAGUUAGCAGAACAAGUUUACUGCAACACAACUCGUUUGUUCAAUUUUGGGGAAAAUACUUAA